AUGAUCACCCGCCUCCUCCUCCCCUCGGCACGGCUCCGCGUCGUCCGCCCCUACGCGACCGUCUCUUUCCCCUCGGCGUCUGGAUCGCUGAAUGCGGGCUCCAGCGAGCCUCCGCGCCGUCCGCCGCCCCGCGCCCCCGUCGAGCCGACAGUCUUUGAUGGCAAGGCUGCCCCGCGCGAGAUCCACCUGCGCCCGAGCAUGCGCGGCAUGCCCCCCUCCGACCGCAAGCCGAAAGCGCGGGUCGUGGCACCCAAGAAGGUCGAGGAAGGACAGAGCUUCACCGGGCCUAGCAGGCCGCGAGCUGUCUACACGCGUCCCUCGCGCGAACUCCCGCGAGUCAAGAACCGGAUACCCCUCUACGUCGCCCUCGCCGCCCUCGGUGUCGGCGCGUGGGGGCUCUUUGUUCUCUAUGCGACCAACAAUGAGCGUCUCUCGUCUUCCGUCGUUCGCCAGGUCACCUUCCAGCUCCGCAACUCGCCGGACGUCCAGGCGAUCCUCGGCGACCACAUCCGUCUGGCUGACAACUGGUGGGGUUUCGGCGAGCCGUGGAUUGAUGGCGGCAUCAACCUGAUGCAGGGCCGCAUCGACCUCAAAUUCCGCAUGCACGGCGACAAGGGCGACGGAACGGUCUACUUCACGAGCAUCCGGCCGCAGCAGUCUGCCCCGUGGCGGAUUGUGCGCUACAAGCUCAUCGCAGACAAUGGCGAGCAGCUCCGCCUCGAGGACAAGUUCACCAAGAACCCGUCCCCGGAGCCUGCAGCCGCCCCCGCCUCGUCGUCAUGA